UUAUUCAAUCUCUCUCUCUCUCUCUCUCAAUGCCAUCUCCUAAAACUUCCAAAACCUUCCCACCACUCCUUCCAUACCAUUUAAAAAGAGAAGGAAAAGGUCAGCUCUUGCAUUAGCUGUAUCAUUUUUCUACACUAUAUUCCAGGUUCCAUGAUAUUGACCGCUUUUCUUUUAUAUCUUCUCCCUCUCUUUCACACCUGAAUACAUCUAACAUCAGAUCUAGAAAAUACCCGCUUGGUAUAAGGCUUAGAUCAAUGCCAGUAAAUGCUUUCUGCAUCAAAAGUAGCUUCUUUUCUUGUUUUUGAAUGAAAUAUUUGAGGAAUCCAUUGAAAGAAGAAAUGGGUCUUGCCUUUUCAAUGUUUUUGGGUCUGAAAUAAGCUCAAAGGUGCAAUCUUUUCCUAUUUUCCCUGUUUUUCUUUGAUGGGUUUUUGAGAUCUUCAUCUGAUUCUCUAUAAAUCUUUCUUUUGUUAGAUUAGAGCUCAAAUAGACUAUCUUUGGUGAUGGGUAGCAUUAGAGAACUUAAGUUGCUGAUUUGGGUUUCAUUUGUUUUGAAUUUAGUAUGCAUUUCUGUAGCAUUUGAUCCUGUAGACAAAUACUUGAUAGACUGUGGAUCAUCCACAGACACACCUGUCGAUGGUAUUGGUAAUUUCAGUGCUGAUAACUCCAAUUCGGUGAAAAUUUCAACUCCUCAAACUAUUUUUGCCAACACUCCUUCGAAUUCGAUCCCAUCCUCUGUUGAUGCCUCGGCUUUGUAUCAAACAGCCCGUAUCCUCACGGGGCCCUCUUCCUACACCUUUUCGAUCCGACAGCCAGGGCGGCACUGGGUUCGCCUCUAUUUCUUCCCGUUCGUCUACCAAGAUUAUGACAUGAAAACAGCCAGCUUCAAUGUUUCCACACGCGAAUUAGUCCUCCUCCAGAACUACCAGUUAAGGAAUGCUUCGGCUGUGGUUAAGGAAUUUUCUGUGUUGAGUUCGGACACUCUUGUCCUCAUGUUCACACCUUCUAUCAAUUCGUUUGCGUUUGUAAAUGCCAUUGAAGUCAUUUCGGUCCCUGACAAUCUCAUCACUGAAGAUGCCCGGACCAUUAAUCCAGUCGGGACAUAUAAUGGGCUGCCGAACAAGACGUUAGAGACGGUUUAUAGGGUGAAUAUGGGUGCACCGAGUGUGGCCCCUUCAAAUGAUACUCUGGGGAGGGCAUGGAUACCUGAUGAGACUUUCUUGCUAAAUAAAAAUCUUGCCAAAUCCGUCAAUUUCUCAGGACAGAUCCAGUAUUCGGCCGGAGUCACCCCGGAUAUUGCGCCUGAUAUCGUCUACGCCACUGCCACGGAGAUGAAUAAUGUGAACAUCUCCAACGGCAAUUUCAAUGUGACAUGGGAGUUUCCAGUGGAUGCCAGUUUCAGUUAUUUGACACGGAUGCAUUUCUGUGACAUUGUUAGUCCUGCACUAAACGAGCUAUACUUCAAUGUCUAUAUCAAUGGCUGGUUGGUCGAACGUCCGCUUGACCUCUCAAUUCUAACAACGAACACCUUGGCUGCACCAUAUUAUACAGAUUUUAUUGUGGGUGUUACUGAUGGGUCUGGUAAGAUUCGAGUGAGCAUUGGGCCUUCGCCUGUAGCGCAGGUUCCGAAUGCCAUCAUGAAUGGGCUGGAGAUUAUGAGGAUCAAAGACAACGGUGGGGCAUUGUUGCAGCAGACAAGCUCAAAGAAGAGUGUUGGUGUUAUAGUGGGCGCAGUCGUUGGGGCAGUUGCCGCCAUUGUCUUUGCUGCAUUUUUCUUCCUGUUUUGUAGAAGACGGAAACUGCAGCGGCCAUACUCAAAGACAUGGGUGCCUUUCUCUGUGAUUGGAGGGAAUUCCCACACCUCAGGAAGUAAGUUCUCAAGCGGAACGACUAGUACUACGCUAUCUGGACAGAACCUUGGCUUCCGUUUCCCUUUCGUUGCAUUGCAAGAAGCAACGAACGACUUUGAUGAGAAUUGGGUCAUUGGGGUUGGAGGCUUUGGGAAGGUCUACAAGGGAGAGCUGAAAGACGGCACGAAAGUGGCGGUGAAACGGGGCAACCCACGAUCGCAACAAGGUAUCACGGAAUUCCGAACUGAAAUCGAGAUGUUGUCCAAAUUCCGCCACCGGCAUCUGGUGUCAUUGAUCGGGUACUGCGAUGAGCGGAACGAGAUGAUUCUUGUUUAUGAAUACAUGGAAAAUGGGACUCUAAAGAACCAUUUGUAUGGCUCAGAUCUUCCUAGUCUAAGCUGGAAACAGAGGCUUGAGAUAUGCAUUGGAUCUGCCAGAGGACUUCACUACCUCCACACUGGUUCGGCAAAGGCUGUCAUACACCGUGACGUCAAGUCUGCAAACAUUUUACUCGAUGAGAAUCUCAUGGCAAAGGUUGCAGAUUUCGGGCUCUCGAAAGCGGGGCCUGAGCUCGAUCAGACCCAUGUGAGUACUGCAGUGAAAGGAAGUUUUGGGUAUCUCGAUCCUGAGUAUUUUCGAAGGCAGCAGCUGACAGAGAAAUCAGAUGUGUACUCGUUUGGUGUGGUUUUGCUAGAAGUCCUUUGUGCUCGACCAGUGAUUGAUCCAACCCUUCCAAGGGAGAUGGUGAACAUUGCGGAGUGGGCUAUGAAGUGGCAGAAAAAGGGGCAAUUGUCUCAGAUUGUCGAUCCUCAUCUCUCAGGUCAGAUAAGGUCUGAUUCUCUGAGGAAGUUUGGGGACACGAUUGAGAAAUGCCUGGCCGAUUAUGGCGUCGACCGGCCUUCAAUGGGAGAUGUGUUGUGGAAUUUGGAGUAUGCGCUGCAGCUUCAAGAGACAGUGGUGCCGAGCGAUCUUGAUGGAGAUAGUGUUAAUCAGAUAGAUAAGUUUUCUCAGCGAGUCAACAGCAUCAGCCAUGUGGAAAGUGUUACCGUUCAAAGGCAGGAAAUGUCGAGUGUGGAAGAUCUUUCAGGUGUAUCAAUGAGCAGAGUCUUUUCACAGCUGGUGAAAGCUGAAGGGAGGUAGAUGGGACUUGAACAUAGCACAUGAGGAACGAUUCACACUUCAGCUCAUACGUGGGACCCACCAUUUCCUAAUGAGAGGUAUGGCACGUGCGAUGCACACGUGGAGAGAGGAAGGAAGAGAGGAAGUCGGGAAUGGGGAUAGAGAAAGUCAUGCCUUUAACAAGCAAGAGAGGAUGUUAAAUUACAAAAAAUGUCCUUUCUUUUGCUAAAAACUGUUCCCAUGUCCAGUAAUUAAAACCACCGUCUUAAAUAACUACACCAUGUAGCGUGUAGCUUACGCUACAUAGCGUAGCUUAGCCUUAACGCUACAAUAGCUAAGUUGCAUGGAGCCUAUGCUACAUGUUCCGUAGCUCACAUUACAAGUUAUUUUUCACUACAACAUUAAAAUCAAUCAAUGUUUUGUUACAUUUUUCUAUUUUCAAUAAAAAUUAGUUAAUCUUUUCAAUGCUUUUAAUAAAAAUAAAUGAGUAGCAGCAUCAAAUCAUUUUCGUUGCUCUUUCUUUACCUUUAUGCUUAAUGACUACCCUUUCCUAUUACUUUAGGUUGCGCUUGGUUGCACAAACAUCAUGAAGUUUUGUUAAAUUUCAUUAUCAGUCCAUCUAGUUUGGUGAAUAUCAUGAAAUUGGUGCAACCAAAUGCAGCCUUGAUUAAAAAUCUGGAAGUAGCUUGCAGCUUAUGCUACACGCUAUGUAGCUUAUGCCUCACGCUUUAGAGGGGUGAACACUACGCUACCUUCUAUUCAUUAUUUAAAGCAUUGGUUAAAACUACUCCGGAAACUAAUUGCAAGGGUAAUUUUGUCUUUGGCUAGCAACUUUUUGUGGGUAAAAUCUUUGCUGUUUACAGGGUUUUUGCAGGUGAAAUCUGAAAUAUGAACUGUACGUUAAACAACAGCCACAUUUUCCAGUUCCCAAAACACUGCCAAUGUAAUUUAAAAUGCUUUCCCACGUC